GGUGUGAAGAUAAAUUACGCAAAAUAAAUAACUAUACAAUUGUUCACAUGUUUGCUAGCUAGCUUGAGCCUCGCGUUGAAUCAGAGACUUUGUAAUUCAACAUUGAUGACGACCUUGCCAAUUUGUUGACAAUGCCUCCAUCACAUACUCCUACUGUCAAUUAUCAAGAGCAUUUCGGGAUUGAUAACAAUACUAGGAGAAGACGUACCGCCAAUCCAUUCGAUCAAAAUAAUGUUACUCCCGUCCAGGGCAUGUUAUCAUUGGGGGGAGAUGCACAAGAUGAACACGAUUCAACCACAGGCACAGAAGAUUUGAGUGAAGGAGACGAUGACGGAGAGGAUGAGUCUGAAGGCGAUCCUGCCAUUGAAGAUCUAGAAAACUUGGACGAGGAUAUAGGUUUGGAAGAUGUCGCAGUUGAAGAAAUCGUAACUAGAAUCAGAACCAAAACCUCUUGAACUCGAAGAUGUCUGCUCUCACUUCGCACUCUCUCAGUCCCAACCGGUCAACUUGCACCAGUAGCACAGCAAUUCGAUUCUACCAUGGAUAAUACACCAUUAUUCGACCCUGCCGCUCUCGGGUUGAAGGAGAUUGGAAAUUUGGCUAGCUGGACUGUUUCUAGUAGUAAGCCUGGCUGUGGAGUUCUUGCACUUCGGGACGACGACACAAAUUUGUUUUGGCAAUCCGAUGGACCCCAGCCUCAUUACCUCAACAUCCACUUUGCCAAAUUCGCCAAAAUUCGAGCCAUUCGAAUAUUCCUUGAUUUCGAAGCCGAUGAAUCUUACACUCCAACACGUAUCCAGUUGCUUGGGGGCACAGGCUACCACGAUCUAAUUCCGUUCUCUGAACUCUCGUUUGUUCAACCGAAAGGCUGGAUUGACGUCAACCUUGAUCACGUAGGAGGAGGUUCAGAUGGAAAAACACUUCGCGCAUUCAUUAUUCAAGUUAAGGUGUUGGAAAAUCACCAGAAUGGCAAGGAUACACAUGUUCGUGGGCUGAAGAUAUAUUCUCAUGAUGAACGUCAUGAGUCUCCUCCGCCAUCAUAUCUCGGUGAGGAGGAGGAUGACACCUGCUCUUCAAUUGAUCCGAAUGAAUUUGGAGGGCCUGACGACGAUUUGAAGCAUGGAGAUUUCGGCAAUGAUGAUCAAUUCUGGAAAGACUUCACGCAGGCAAGAAUGGGUGAACACAAGAUGCCAAACCUAAGUGGUUUGAGCGAGCCUGGAUUUAUGUCUGAGCCUGAAUUGCGUUGAUUAUACUACGAUCAGUUGAUUAAUACUACAUUACAAUUGGUGGUAGUCUUAUUGGGAGUUAUUAGGAGUCAUUAAGAUACCCUGGGCUUGUAUGACAAUACUGGAUACGUAGUUUCAUGAUAAGAAGAGUACAGUUCCAUUCCUUACAUUCUCAGUCUUGCCCUUUGAUAAGAUGGAUACUUCUCGAAAGAUGAAUCAUCUCUAAGUACCUUAGAGGCAAGUGCCCUCUGCACAACUAGACUAUAUCUUUUUAAACGCGAUCCUGUAUCUCCUUUCGAAGUUACCCAUGAUUGUUAAAUUCUAGAAGCAACAUUUCGUCAUAUUACAUUUGAUUUAAUGGAGAACAACUGUCAAUUAGACCAUAUCGAUCAAAAUUCUACUGCUCUGGCUUCCUCGUGCUUUCAUUCGAUUACAAUUGCGUCCCGCCUGUCCCA